UUGUCACAUCCGAAAUUGCCAAAGAGUUGUUAUGAUGUUAUUUUACCGUGUACAGUACAAUUUACUGGGAACUAAACGCUUUAUUUGGUGAAGUCGUAUAUAUCUGGGACUUGCUAUGCCGAUCGGACUGUUUUGCUGGAUUACUGACACCUAAAUUAGGCCGACGACUACCCUUGCAUGCUCAGCAGCUCAAUCAGUGUGUGUUAGGUGAAGUUUGCCAUGUCACAUAGCACUUCGCCUCAUGUUAAACGUGACGUUUAAUUGUACAAUUUAUAUCUUGGCUAAAACGAGGUUGGCAUCGGGAUUGUUUAUACACCGUACGCGUUAAAGUACUGUGUAAGGAGUUGUCUGCACGCCUUUGAGCCAGAGAGACGGAUUCUCAGGUCAUACGUUUAGGCUAACUAUGAAAUGUUAUAGCUGAGAACUACCAGCUAUGUGCUGCCGUGUAAACUAGACUUUCAUCGCCAUGUCCCUGUAAUUUCAUGUCAUCGGUGUACUGUAACCACUUGUUUUCGCCAGCUGCCAAAACACCACCCUUUCAGUUUCAGUUUUGAACAAUGUCUGCUUUACCCCAGUCCAAAGAGGAUGGCUCCUUCGAGUUUCCUCCAGACUGGAGGGACGAUGCACGCAUGACAUUCCUGUUCUCGGCAUUCAAAGAGAACAGAGAUGUCGACGCGACAGACUGGGAUGGUAAAAUGGACUUCUGGAUGCCACUCAUAGUAAACCAUUGCAGACGUCGUGGGGGAGUCUGCCUGAAUUUGAACCAACUUAAUGAAAGUUUUCGGAGGAAAGGCAGUUUACCUCUUGGUCUGGGAACAGUUCUUCAGUCCAUGUACAGGAAUGGGAAAGUGCAGAAGGAGUCAGAGUUUGCCACGAAUGUGGAUUCCGGGUGGCUGUCGUGGGGAGUCGGUCUUCUGUUGGUAAAGCCACUGAAGUGGACACUGUCAACUCUGCUGGGCAGUGGACGGGUGCCAUUGGAGGAAUCAUUCGUUGUGAUCGAGUUGAUUAAGGAGAAGGCUGUGAAGCUUCUGGAGACGUACCGGUCCUCACCGCUGUCAGACCGCAGCCUUCUGUCCUUCCAGGACGUCAGGAUGCUGGCCUGUGACAUCUGCCCAGACGAGACCUCCCUCUGCCUGGCUCUGCUACAGCUGCAGAGGGACAAGCAGGUCACCGUGUCUCUUCACGAGGGAGAAAAGCUGGUGAAGUUCUCCCAGCAGGGCCAGGGUCGUGUGGGCCCCGUCAGUGAUGUCGAUUUGGGCAUCUACCAGCUGCAGCGCAGCGAGAAGCUCCUGGGAGAGAGAGUGGAAGCACUGGGCAAGGAGGCUGACAAAUGCAAGGAGGAGGCUAGAGCUCUACUCAACGAGGGGAAAAAGUCGCAGGCCCUGAGGUGCCUGAAGGGCAGGAAGCGAGUGGAGAAGAGGGCAGACCGCCUGUACGCCCAGCUGGAGACUGUCAAGGGCAUUCUGGACCGGAUCGCCCACUCCCAAACAGACCGCCUGGUGAUCCAGGCGUACCAGGCAGGUGUGGCCGCCCUGCGUCUCUCCCUGAAGGACGUCACAGUGGAGAAGGCAGAGAGCCUGGUGGACCAGAUCCAGGAGCUGUGUGACACGCAGGAUGAGGUCAACCAGACGCUUGCCGGAGGAGCGCUGGACACAACUGAUGGGGACGAGCUGGAGGAGGAGCUGGAGGAACUUUUGAAAGAGUCCGCUUCAGAGGAACACCAGGACCUUCCGGAGGUGCCCACGGGCCCUAUGCCAUCCAGCAAGGGCACCACGGGCAUCCUCACCGACGACUUCUUCAACUCGUUACCCACCGUGCCCGACUCCCGGUUAAACGUCACGGACGAAGAGCUGGACCGGGAGCUGUCUCGCCUCAGCAUCCGCGGAGCAGGUGGUGAACAGAGAGGAACACUCUCCCCACUUAAGAGGAUGGAGCCAGCCCAGUAAAGUACUAUGGACAGACAUUUGUAAUCAACGUGUUAAGCAAUUAAAGCACAGUCUCCAAAAUGCCCUUAUUCGUGUUUGUAAUGGCAUGUUUGUGACCUUUUUUUGUGUUUUUAAACUUUAAAGUUUUAAAAGUGGCCUUUUAAAUUCUGUGAUGUGUGUCGGUAAUAAAGAAAUGCAAUUAUGAUGCCAAACCACUGAUUCUGUGUGACUGAAUCAUAUCUGUACAAUACAGAAUAAAUUGUAAGUAACAAA